CGUCUCAAUGUGGCAACGGUGUUUUUAUUUAUUUUGUUUUUGAAAAAUCCAUUCUAAAUGUUGAAUAUUAUAGCGUUGAAUAAGAUAUGGCAACUGUCGAGGAAGAUGUAAUUAUCGAAAUAUCACCCACUGAAUUUAAAGCCAUUGUUUAUAUUUUUAAAUCCACUUUGAAAGUGUUAUCAACCGCUAAGGAACUUGUUAAGAAAGGUAUUCAGGCGGAGACACAAACCACAAUAAAAUGUUCGAAAAUCAAAUCGAAUGGAGUGAAUAAAAGAUUAAUUGAAAUAACAGGAGCAACACAUCAAAAUGUUUACACGGCACGAAAACAAAUUAAAGCAAUUGAUGAUCAAAAGGGAGAUAAUAAACAAAAACGAUCACAGCCAACACAUUUUACUUGUGUUAAAAUUACCAAUCCAACUAUUCAAGAGAACUAUGCGAUAUUUAAAGAUAGUAUAUUGAGCAAUGAGAAUAUAAAGAAUUUCCCAGAAGCGGCUUUCAUGAAACAAAAAAAACUCCAUAUAACAUUCGGGGUGAUGCUUUUGACGGAUGCGGAUAAUCACAACCGGGCCAAACAGAUCCUUAAUGAUUGUCACGAAAAUAUUGUGAAGCCAGUCAUAAGCAACUACGGUAAAAUCACGAUCAAUGUACAUGGAUUAGAAAUAAUGAAAGGAAACCCGAAUAAGGCACGAGUAGUCUAUGCCAAAAUUGAAUCAGAAGCUCUACAAAAAGUUGCCGAUGGCAUUACCACAGCAUUCAUCGAUGCAGGUUUAGCAAAACAAGAAUCUAAUCGAAACGCCGUAAAAUUACAUAUGACUGUGAUAAAUGUAAAAUAUACGAAAAAUAAAACAAAGUCCAUUGAUGCCACACAUAUUUUGGAACAUUAUGGUGAUUUCGAGUUCGGUUCUCAGGAUGUAAAUCACAUUCAUUUAGCUUCUAUGCAGCAUUCAGACACAGAUGGUUUCUACAGAUGUAUAGCUAGUAUUGAAUUUGAAUGAAAAAAAUGGACUUACAUAAUAAAUAUCACUUAAUUCGAUGAUUUUAAUGAAA